UAAACCAAAAACAUAUACAUUUCUAUAGAGUUGUAAUAAUAACAAAAAUAUGAAAUAAUAACAUAAAAAAUAAAAGGCAUUAAAGAAGAGGAAGAGGACACAUGAAUUUCAGCGUUAUUUUUCAAACUUCACUUCAUACCCGCGCACUAACCCAUCCAUACGUUGGCCGAUUGAAAAUAAAAAACCUAGAGAUAGAGAGAGAGAGUUCAAAAAAGGUAUCAUGUGGAGGAGAGAGAUAGAGAGAGUAAUGACUAAUGAGAACAAAUUUUCUUAUAGUUGCAAAUGGUAACGAGAAGUUUCUUUAAACGAAACCAAAUGUUCAUGAAUCGUUUAAUCAACACAAACUCAAAAACAAAAUCCCUAAUUUCUCUAUUUGGGUAAAAAAUCUCAACUUUUUGUUUUCUUUCUAUCUAUAAGAAAUCUCUUUCCCUUUUACCGUUUUCUCAGUCGCAAUUCAAUCUCUCUUAUAAAACUCAGAAGAAUUUGCCGAUUAGUGAUGCAAAAAACGAGAUCCUUUAAGGGUUUUUGAUUUCUUUUUAGUUUUCUGGAAAAAGUUUGGAUUUUUAUUUUAAUUUUCUCGGAUAAGAGAAAAAAAGUGUGAGGAGGGGUCUCUCUUCUUUGUGGGAUCGAUAGAGAUAGUUUUUGGGUUUUUUAUAAUAAAGGAGAAGGAGCGUCGAAGCUAAAAUUAACGAUUAGACUAAAGAAUUUUUUACAGACGAGAGAGCGUCAGAGAGAGAGAAAGGCCAAAACUUUUUAAUGGAAGAGACAACUAAGCAGAACAACAUGAAGAAGAAGAAGAAGAUUCUUCUUCAUUCCGAUGAUUCCAAGAAGAAGGAGCGUCAUAUUGUUACUUGGUCUCCUGAGGAGGAUGAUAUACUAAGGAAGCAAAUCAGUUUACAGGGAACUGAAAAUUGGGCGAUCAUUGCAUCCAAGUUUAAUGAUAAGAGCACAAGGCAGUGUAGAAGAAGAUGGUAUACAUACUUGAACUCUGAUUUCAAGAGAGGAGGUUGGUCCCCUGAAGAAGAUACACUUUUGUGUGAGGCACAGAGAUUGUUUGGGAAUAGGUGGACUGAGAUAGCAAAAGUGGUCUCAGGAAGAACGGAUAAUGCUGUGAAGAACAGGUUUACUACACUGUGCAAGAAGAGGGCUAAGCAUGAAGCUAUGGCGAAAGAGAACAGGAUUGCUUGUUGUGUUAACUCAGACAACAAGAGACUGUUGUUCCCAGAUGGUAUUAGUACACCGCUAAAAGCCGAAAGUGAAUCUCCUCUUACUAAGAAAAUGAGGAGAAGUCAUAUUCCAAAUCUUACAGAGAUUAAGAGCUAUGGGGAUAGAUCACAUAUAAAGGUUGAAUCGACUAUGAAUCAACAGAGAAGACAUCCAUUUUCUGUAGUAGCCCACAAUGCCACAAGUAGUGAUGGUACAGAGGAGCAGAAACAAAUAGGCAAUGUGAAAGAGAGUGACGGUGAGGAUAAAAGUAACCAAGAGGUGUUUCUUAAGAAGGAUGAUUCAAAGGUGACAGCUUUGAUGCAACAAGCUGAACUUCUCAGUUCAUUGGCCCAGAAAGUUAAUGCAGACAACACAGACCAAAGCAUGGAGAAUGCCUGGAAGGUUCUACAGGAUUUCUUGAAUAAGAGCAAAGAAAAUGAUCUAUUUAGAUAUGGAAUCCCAGAUAUUGAUUUCCAACUCGAUGAAUUUAAAGAUCUUGUUGAGGACUUGAGGAGUAGUAAUGAAGAUAGUCAAUCAUCUUGGAGGCAACCUGAUCUCCAUGAUUCACCAGCAAGCUCUGAAUAUAGCUCAGGAUCAGGAUCAGGAUCAACCAUAAUGACGCAUCCUUCUGGUGAUAAAACCCAACAACUUAUGUCUGAUACUCAGACAACAUCACAUCAGCAAAAUGGUGGGGAGUUACUACAAGAUAAUGGGAUUGUGUCUGAUGCAACUGUGGAACAAGUGGGUUUACUCUCAACUGGUCAUGAUGUGUUAAAGAACUCUAAUGAGACUGUGCCUAUCCCGGGUGAAGAAGAGUUUAACUCGCCUGUUCAAGUCACUCCAUUGUUCAGAUCUCUAGCAGCAGGCAUCCCAAGCCCACAAUUCUCUGAAAGUGUAAGUAUCCACCUAACAAAUUGAAUUGUGGAAAACUUUCUGGUUUAGUUUUAUAGUAAAAGAAACCUGAUUGAUCUGUUUUUGCAGGAGAGGAACUUUCUGCUAAAAACACUUGGUGUCGAGUCCCCAUCUCCAUAUCCAAGUGCUAAUCCUUCACAACCACCUCCUUGCAAAAGAGUCCUUCUCGAUAGCUUGUAAACCAGACCAAACCAAGCUCUCUAAACCAAAAAAAAACGUCCCAAAAACCUCGGUUAUGUCCUCAUGGAGGUGGGCAUAACCUGCAUUUCUUCCCUCUUUUUGCUUAGAUUUUCUCCAUAGGUUUGCAGCCAUAUCGGCCUGAAAAGUUUUAGUGAAGCGGGCGUGCCAUGAUCUGCAUUUUUUCCUCCCUCUAGAAUCUAGAAUGUUAAAGGUAACAUUUCUAAAGUCUAGACCCAUCUCAGAAGCUGAGUUUCUCUCUCAGAUACUCAGGAUUCUAAUCUUAUCCUCACUCAUUAGGAGAGUUUUCUUUCCAUCAUCAUACUCAAAAGCCAUUCCAUAAAAAGGGCUAAAAAAGUAUGAGUUUUUUCUUCCAUUCAUGAUUUGUGUGUCUAAGAAAAAUUCUUUCGUUUGUCUUCAAGGGUCAGACCCAGAUACAUAAUCUUGGGUUUGUCUCCCCCACCCAUGAAUUCUUGAUUUGUUGUUUUCUUGAUUCUCUGUACAGAACCUAUAUUCUUACAUAAAAAAAAAAUAGAGUUUUUGUUUCAGAGUGUAAACUAAAGGAAAAAGAAGAAAGAAAGAAACUUCAGAGAGAGGCAUGUCGCCUUUCUGUAUACAGUAAUGAAAUACACAGAAGAAAAAAGAUAAACAAAGCUUUUCAUAUGGUUUUUGUAGCAAAACAUUGUAGUGUUGUUGUAGUGUAUAACUUCUCAUAGGUUUGAGAAGAAGAAGACAAACAAACAUAAAAGGAAAGAAAAAUUAUGUUUGUUUGUCAUAAAUUCUUUCCCUUUGUUCACUUCUCAGAAGAAUCAUGUGAUUUGUAAAGAGAUUAUGAGUGGAAAUGAAUUGAUUUUGGUGUGAAUCAUAGUGUUUCAUUAUUAUUAUUAUAAACGUACCUAUGAUUUUUCAAGAUCAUCUUCUCCUUCCUCUGUGAUUACAGUAGCACAAUGAAGAAGAGGUUUUCUUAAUUGGAUCUGAAUCUGCUUCUCUUAUAAAAUGGGAGGUGUUUUUAAGUUGUUAGUGUGUUAGUUAGUGGAAGACAAAACGUAAUCAUCACUUUCUU